CACUCGGAUUUAUUUUGCUGUAACACACUUCCAAAAUGGCCACACAGCAACAGCCGGUAUGCCAAAUUUUCUCAUUUCGGGACUGUAAAAGUUCUCCCGAUCCGAUUUUAGACCCAUUGGUGACCUCAUGUGGGACAGCGACCCCGAUCGUGAUCGACAACGGCUCCUUCCAGACCAGGGCCGACUGGGCGACGGUGGACUUGGACUCUCCGCGGCUGCUCUUUCGGUCAGUGGCGGCGCGCAGCAGAGGAGCUGCCCGCAGCGAGACCCAGAUCGGGAACGACAUUCCCAACCUGGAGCCUCUACGGUGGCUGCUCAAGAGUCAGUUCGACCGGAAUGUCGUGGUCAAUUUCGAAAUCCAGGAGUUGAUUUUCGACCAUGUGUUUACUCACCUGGGCAUCACCUCCGAGGGCCGUGUGGAGCAUCCCAUUGUGCUGACUGAGGCACCCUGCAACCCUCUGCACUGCCGCCAGAUGAUGUCGGAAUUGCUAUUCGAGUGCUAUGGCGUCCCUCAUGUCUCCUACGGAGUGGACGCUUUGUACAGUUUCCAUCACACCAACAAUCAGAAGAACCUGCGGCCACCACAGACUGGGAUCAUUUUGUCCUCUGGGUACCACUGCUCGCACAUCUUGCCUGUUCUCAAUGGCAGAUUGGAUGCGGUGAACUCUAAGCGUGUGAAUGUGGCGGGAGGCCAGGCAGCAGCCUACCUGCAGAGGCUCCUGCAGCUCAAAUAUCCCGGUCACUUGGCUGCCAUCACUCUCAGCCGCAUGGAAGAGCUGCUGCAUGAACACAGCUACACUGCUGUGGAUUACCAAGAAGAGUUGGAAAAGUGGCGCAGCCCGGAAUUUUACGAGCGCGAAGUUCACCGAAUGCAACUUCCCUUCUCGGGCAAGUUGCCUGGAGGCUGUGUGAGCGUGGAAGAGAGGCAAGAGAGGAGAGCGCAGCAGCUCAGGCGGCUUCAGGAGAGCAACGCUCGACGUCGUGGUGAGAAACUCCAUCAGGAUCAGGAGAGGCUGGACAGACUGAUGGCCGUACAGGAGCUGCUGGAGGAUGGCUUCUUGGAUCAAUUCCACAAGAGCCUGGUCGAGCUCAACAUGGACUCGGCUGAGGAGCUGCAGUCAUACAUCAGCAAACUGCAGCUGGCCGUGGAGCAGGGCCGCCAGAAACUGUUGCACAGCGACGGCGCCGAGGGAAAGACAGAAGUGUCCGAGUUGGAGCAGCAAAUGGAGGAGGGCGACGGCAUGGUGAUGAUGUAUCCUGACUUUUCUGAGGACACGUUGACAGAAAAACCUAACAUGAAUGUGGUCCAGCCGGCCUUCAACAUGGCAGAAUACCACCAACUGUUUGUGGGCACCGAGCGUCUACGCUGUCCAGAGAUCCUCUUCCAACCCUCACUGACUGGAGAAGACCAGAUGGGGAUGAUGGAGACGCUUCAGUAUGUGUUGGCCAGGUAUACUCCUGAGCAGCAGGAGGCGCUGGUGAGCAACGUGUUCCUGACCGGAGGAAAUAUGCAAUAUCCAGGGAUGAAGGAAAGGGUAGAAAGGGAGCUGCUGGCCAUAAGACCCUUCCAGUCUCACUUCAAGGUCACCUUGGCGAUGCAGCCGACUUUGGGCGCAUGGCUAGGGGCAAGAGACUGGGCCCUGGAGCACCCUCCCGGUUGCGGUGGAGGACGAGUGGCGGGAUGGAUCAGUCGGCAGGACUACGAGGAGAAGGGAGGCGAGUACCUCAGUGAGCACUGCGCCUCCAACGUCUUCGUCCCCAUCAAGAUCAACAAGACGCUUCCCGCUCGGCAGGCCGAGCCCUCUGUUACCUUGCCGACGGAAGCUUCCGGACCGGUCAGAAUGGUUACGUCCUCUCCGACUUCCUCUUCUUUGACUUCAGAUGUUCCCAUGGUUUCAUGCUAAAGUGACAUUGGUAACUGGGACUGCUUAUGCAUUUGUGCGCGGGAUCACACAAAAGCUGCAUUGUUCUUGACAGGGCAAGAAAUUAAAAAUGGCCACCACAUGCGUCACCGUAUGUCAGCUAUUCAGCAAAGAAAAUUAAAUCGUGGCAGUGUCAAUAUUUGUAAUGUUAGCCCUGCUAUUCACAGGAGACUGAGACCAAGCUCGGCUGCUAAUAGCAAACGUCUGUGAGUAAUUUACACCCCCCCCCCCCCCCCCAAUAAAGUCAAUAAUUGCUUAUCAAUGCCACAAAACGAUGGCGAAGCUUUUUUUUCUUCUGUGUAUAUGUGGUGGUUUACUGGAUAUCAAGAGGGUGGAGUUAAAAACUAAAUGUUUGGAGAAGUGCAGGAGACAGACUGGUGAGAACCAAUAAGUCGCAUAGAGUCUACACUACAUGUUGUAAAACACAUGUCUACACAUAACCUAAACUCAUGUUUAACCAUGUGCAGGAAACAUUGACUAUUUACAACAUCUGAUAAGUCUCAAUCCAUAAUGAAUCUGGUAUACUCCAUCCUAAUUCUGAUGGGCUCAUCAGUUAACCCUUUUGUGACCAAUAGCACGAAGUGAAAUCACUCCAGUUAAACCUCUUUUUUUUCUUUCAUCCUUGAAGAUGGGGGCUUCAAUUUGAGGAAGGUGUUUAUCUUUCGGUCAUGGAU